GCCAUCCCCGCCUCUUGUUCAGGUUAGGUGGAGGAGUCACAGACCGAGAAGGUGGCGGGGUGAGAGGAAAAGGAGAGAAGAGCAGUGCGGGUCGGUUGCAGUCGGUUUUAAUACAUUUCCUUCCCCCGCCCUCCCUCACCCCAGGAAAGCUUCCCAUCGAAGACACUCUGAGCCAGCCUCCUUGCCGUCCCCUCCUUCGCAAACGCAGUGGCGUGUGUGAGCUGUCUGAAUAAUGCGUCAGGACCGGGCUUUUAAACCCUCUUCGUAGCGCGUACUCCCAAGUUGAGCAAAAGGCUCUACUGCAAGGAGUCCAAUUGUAACACCAUGAAAGGCAUCUGAAAGUUUCCAAACACAGGAGUGUUUUGCUCAUUGAGAUUAUAUUUUGCCAUCCGUCAUGCCAAUAGAGUGAAACUUCUAUCUGUUGACUACUUGCAAUCUGUAUAAAUGGUAGUCCAAGCAGUUGGUCUUCAGUCACACCUGGGGUGAGCAGCUCCAGAUAAUUAUUCAAUACCAGUAAGGAAAAUGUUGCAAGAAUUAAGAAUGCCGACAACUUAGCUUCAUGCAUCCAACCUGUCCAGUUGUUGUGGAAGGCCCACCAUCUGAGGGAUCCUCAAUCUCUUAUCAAGGCCUCACAUCUGCUCCUGAAAUGUCUCUCUUUCAAGCUUUGGGUCCAGUGCAGACCUGGUUAGGACAAGAAUUGGAGAAAUGUGGGAUUGAUGCCAUGAUCUACACACGAUAUGUCCUCAGUCUUCUGCUUCAUGACAGUUAUGACUAUGACUUGCAGGAACAGGAAAAUGACAUCUUCUUGGGCUGGGAGAAAGGAACCACAAAGAAAUGGGGAAAAGGAAAAAAGAAGUGUUCAGAUCUGAGUGUUGAGGAAAUGAAGAAACAAGCUGCUGUUCAGUGUCUACGUUCUGCUUCUGAUGAAAGUUCUGGAAUUGAGACUUUAGUGGAGGAGCUUUGUUCCAAAUUGAAAGAACUGCAGAAUAAGCAAAAAGAAGAGAAGCAAGUUAGUAAGAAAGCAGAAGGAUCUCAGACUCCUGAAAUUAUAGAAUCUCCUUCCACCAAGGAUCAGGUAGAAAUGUAUUAUGAGGCAUUUCCACCUCUUUCUGAGAAGCCAAUCUGUCUGCAAGAAAUCAUGACUGUGUGGAAUAAAGCUAAAGCUUGUUCAUUUUCUGGUGGUUCUUCUUCAUCUGCUGCUCCACAAACAAGCACUGAUACAUCCUCUCCAAAAGAUUGCAACAGUGAAGGUGAAGGUACUAGAGCACGAACAAAUGAGGCUCCUAUCACUACAAGUAGUAGUCGUAUGUUCAGAAGAAGUAAAAAGGAAAAAGAAAAUAGGCACAACAAUAGCUUGCCAGAACAGAAACCCACUACAGGAAAGAAGCAGAUCAGACACCGGUCAGAAGGAAAGAUGCGCCCUCGUUCAUGGUCCUCUGGUUCCAGUGAAGCAGGCUCAAGCUCAAGUGGGAACCAGUAUGAGUUUAAAGGUCCCACCAAAGCUGUAAAAAUCAGACACAAAAUGAGAGAAACUGCUCGGAACAAAAAAGGGCGAAAUGGACAAGUUAGGCUAUCUUUGAAAUCUGUUGACAAAGAUGAUCGCAAAAGCACCUGUGGGAGCAGCAGCAGUGGACCGACCAAACAGCUGUGCAAAAAAGGAAAAAGAUUUACGAAAGAAACGAGAAGGAAAACAAAUGGCACCAGUGAUACAAAAGAUCUUAACAAUGGGAGUGGAAGGGAACAAGAAUUUAAAGAAGAACCAUUAUGGUACACUGAACCAAUUGCAGAGUACUGGUUCCCUCCAAGUAGAAAAAGUAAGCUAGAAACUGCAUACCGGAAUAGCGUAGCUGCUAAUGAUAGUGAAUCUUUGACUUUGGAAGAGCUUUCAGAGACAAUGCAGGGUCUUUGUAUUAGUAACAAUAAUUUCCAAACAUACCUCGCGGCAGGUGCUUUCGUCGAUGGUCACUUUGUUGAAAUGCCUGCAUUAUUAGAUGAGGCGAAUGACCUCACUGGGACCUCCAGCUGUUCUAAUCCCAAGGACAGUGAUAUUUUAGAUGAUAUGCAUCUAUCUGAAUUUACUCACUUCUAUGAAGUGGAUAUUCACCAAUCCAUAUUGGAUCCUAGUGCCUCAAAUUCGUUGCAAGGAGAGAGUCGAAUUUUAAGCAUGAUUCGACGGAAAAGUACAGAGCAAACUGAUUUUGAGGCAGACUGUUGUAUAGUGUUAGAUGGACUACAGUUGACAAGGGAAAGUGCAAUAUGGACAGAUUCCCAAGCUUCUCUUGAUGCAGAAGGAUUGUUCUUAAAUGAUCUAGCAAAUAUAGCUCAAUUUUGGGAGUGCUCUAGCUCUGAAGCAGAAGGAGAAAGCUUUGCUGGGGAUUCCCCCAUUACGCUUUCUCCUAUUGUGGAUAAUACAGUGUGUGAUGCAAGUAGCAGCACUGGCAAUCAAGAAGAACACUUUUCAGAAGCAAAUGAAGGGUCUGGUUUAAACUCCACUUGUUUUUCUCUGUUUGAAGUGCAAUAUGAUAAUUCUACUUCACCGUUCUGUUUUGAUGGACUUAGCCUGGGAAAUCAGAACAGUGAUAUUGGAGGCUGGGCAGAUUUACCAGGGAAAACACAGUCUCGUUUGCUUAUAUGGACCAAAAAUAGUGCCUUUGAUGAAAAUGACCACUGCUCAAAUCUUUCAACACGAACCUGCAGCCCAUGGUCACAUUCUGAAGAAACACGUUCAGAUAUUGAAACCUCCUUUGGUAUUCAGAUGGAGGAGUCCACUAAAUUUAAUGCAGAUGAGAUUGAUUGUAUAGUCCCUGGCAUUUCAUCCAGCCUUCUUGAUGAAGACCUCUUAGAUUUAUUGCAUGAGGACACUCCUUCACAAACAGAUGGAGCUUUACGAAAUAUAACAAGCAUGACUUUCAAACAGAAAUCCAAGCUGGAGUCGGUGUGUGGAAUUCAGUUGGAAGAAGAAGAAAACAAGGAAUGUGAAACUGUGGAAAUUUUUGCAGAGCAGAUGGCCACUCGUGGGGACAGCUAUGGCUCAGAAGUUAUAAAGGACAUUUGGACAGCCAUAGCAGAAAAUAAUGCCGCAGCAACACUAGAUGUAGAACGAUCAGAAGAGGAUUUUUUUUCUGGUGAGGUGAAUGGUUGCCAUUGCUGUUGUUUGGAUAUGGUAACAAAACAGGACAUCCUGCAAGAGCCUCGUGAAAAGGCAGUGCAACGGUCUGAAUAUCACUUGUGGGAGUGCCAGAAGGAAAACCUAGAGGCCCAAGCCGUUGCAACUGGAGAACUUGCAGAGAUAGAUGUAGGUGAUUACACUGCACCUUCCAAACCUUGGGAUAUUGGUGCUGACAAAGAAAGUGCUUUUAUUCUUGGUGGAGUCUAUGGAGAACUGAAAACAUUCGACAGUUGUGGAGACUGGGGUGUAGUUCCUCCUGAUCCUGCAAAAGGUACUUUAUUGCAGUGUGCAGCUUCAGAUGUUGUGACCAUAGCAGGUACAGAUGUUUUUAUGACCCCAGGCAGCAACUUUGCUCCUGGCCACAGACCAUUGUGGAGAUCUUGUGCUUCAUUCACACCAUGCGAUCAGACAAGGAAAGGAGAUGAUAGGUUAAAUACUGAGUUCUCUUUCAUCUUCCAUGAAGAUUUAUUGGGUAAUUGCAGUAAUUACCAGAGUCAAGAACCGAGUGUUGAGUAUUCAUUUUCCUCCUUUGACUUGAAUAAUCCUUUUUCACAAGUUCUUCAUGUGGAAUGUUCGUUUGAACCUGAAAGGCUUGCAACAUUUAGUCCAGGCUUUAAGCCCAAAUCUAUACUGUGUUCAGACUCGGAAAGUGAAACGUUCCAUCCUAAAAUAUAUAGUAUUGACAAAACACAGUACAGGGCUAUUCGAAUUUCACCGCGGACUCAUUUCAGACCUAUAUCUGCCUCUGAGCUUUCACCAGGUGGAGGAAGUGAGUCAGAAUUUGAGUCCGAAAAGGAGGACGUUACUAUACCUGUCCUCUGCCAGACAGAUUUGUUUGAGGAUCAACAGGCAGACUUAAAGCCUUUGGAAGAAGAUGCUGAGCGCGAAGGACAUUAUUAUGGAAAGUUGGAGCUGGAAUCAGGAAAAUUCCUGCCGAGACUAAAAAAAGCUGGAAUGGAAAAGAGCGCUCAGACUUCAUUAGAUUCUCACGAAGGAUCUGGCAGCCUUUUACAAGCAGAACAGCAGUGCCCGGAAUGUAAUUUACAGGCAUCAAUUGGAUGCACCAGUGUGAAUAGUUGUGAAAUAGAUUUCAAGUUGAAGGUACCAUGUGAAAAAUUGGAAGUGUUCCAGAAUCAUACAAUAGGUAGAAACUUUUCUGGAUACAGUGAGGAAACUGAUGUAAGAGCAGCAUCUCUACAAGAGGUAGUUUUCCAAGGAGACUGGCAGCCUGCAAUCAGUGUUCAAGGAAAGAACGGUCAAUAUGAUGAACCAGAAUCUGCUGUCAAAAUAACGGUUCCCUCUUCAGACUUGAACCAGGAAGGAGAGAGUGACUGCAAGGAGGAACCAGACUGGUGGCAAGAAACACUGUACCCACAGCCGUUUCCGAGGAUCGAGUGUGCAGAAUGCUACACUGAUGCCAAGGAAAAGGAUGGAACUGAGUGUCCAAUUUUAAGAGGACAUGCACAUAAUGGAGAUUGUCUUCUCCAGUUAGACCUGCAGACUACAGCAGCCUGUGAGGUGAACUGCAGAGUAGAGCAUGACACUAGAGGGAGGUCAGCUGUCAUCCGCAGGAAACUUUUCUCCAGUGACUGUUCAAGCUCAGAUGAAACCGCUUCAGAAGGCGGAAGUGACUGGGAUGACCCUCCAGAUGAAGAGCUUUUUUCUCGCACACAUCUUUAAUUCUACUUAGCUGUUUCCAGCUCGAAAGCAACUACCCUUUUGAUAAGUUCACAACUCUCUUGUUGAGAACUUAUUGCUCUUCAAAAAAAACUAUAGUUUUCUUUUCAUUUAACUGCUUUGGAUAGGUAUUUAUCUUUCUCUUCUUGUAGGUUUCACUGUUAGGCAUUGAAUGCAAUACCAUGACAGAAAACUAAUUAAGAUAGUUUAUUGAAACCUUGGCUUUUUCAACUAGUAUAGGUUGUGUUUGUCAAAGAAUGAUUGUGCAUGUGCCUAUCUAACUAGCAUCAAUGCUUAUUUUGCUGAUUAAUUACUACGGCUUUCAUUACUACUGUAGGACUACCAUUGUCACUAGGACAACUAUGUCUACUACAACUUCUGCUAUUCAGAGGCUCUUAGCAUAUGGCACAGUAUAAUGCUUUGUUGUAGAAGAAUUGGGAGAUAAAUACUUCAAGCUAAACUUUUUGCAUAACUAGAUCAGUGCCUUUCUGAAUGCAGGAAAACGGCAUGGAUGAAUAGAUUUAAAUCAUCUAAUUGAAACCUGUUAGCUCACUUCAAAGUAGGAAUGACAAGGUUGUGCUUUAGAGCCAGAAUAAGUAUAAAUACUUUUUUUCUUGGAUGAUUCUAAAUGCAUUUUCAUAAAAUUAACAAGUUUAUUGAGUAUGGCUUGUGAACUGCUAACUGUGAAAGUUCAGGAUUCUACAAAGUUAUGGGAAAGGUUUCAGUGUGAAGGUUUCGGUUGAUCAAACUGAAUGACACUUAUUACUUGGAGCUUAGACAUCAAUAUUAAACAGUUGGUAAAGCCAUGCAUUCUAGUGAGAAAUCCUGAGCCAAUGCAGUUAGCCCAUGUUGUGGCUGUGAUUUUGUAGAUCUUAGCAGAAUUUGUUUGUGUUUUGGAGAGGUGUGAGAAACCAUUCUGGCAUUUUACUUGUGCUGACUGCAAGAACCAAGUGUAGACUUAAAACUUAAUCUCAUUUACAUGUGUGACUGCAGUAGUGAUUGUUGCUUCAUGUGGCUUGCUUUGAGAUUUUUUUUUUUUCCUUAUUUUGUAACACUGGUGUCAUAAACAUCACUUUGACAUCAUAAUGUAAUUGUUGAAUAUCUGUCACAACCUUGAGCUUUGAAUCUGCAAAAUGAAAAGCCAAGGGAAAACAAUAUUCUGGUCACCAGGUAUGACGAGUCAUGAGUGUUUUCAACUUCAUGACUGGUAACCUGGAUCCCAUGACGGUAAUCGCUGGUUACGACAGAGAUCAAAAAUUCAAGUUGUUUUCCUGAACUUGAAUUUAUAUUAGGAACAGAGUAACCACAGAACUUAUCAUGGUGAUAAUUAAUAUUAUAAUAAGAAAGUAGAAGGAUUGAGUUGAAUUAGCUUUGGGAUAAAUUCAGCAUCCAGAACUGUUCUAAGCUGCAACAUUAUUUUUUUGUUGGCAUGUAUAAGCCAAAUGUAAAAUAUGGAAUGAUAGUUUGCACAUAAGUUUGUCAAGAUGACUAUUAUGCUCUGUGCAGUGAAACAGUCAGCAGUUUUAGGCAUUAAAAUUUUAAAUUUUACAAAACAUUUAUCAGGGCCCUUUUCUGUAGACUAAUUUUCAAUUGGAGAUUAUUUUAUUUGAAACAAAGCUUAUGUAAACUAGCAAAAACAAAUGAUACAGCUUUAAGAAAUUCAUAACCAUUGUUUUAAGUAGGGUUACAGAAUUUUUAAAAAUGGCUAUGGAUGUUAAUGAGAAGAGAGGAUUAAAAGCCUCCUCUAGAUUAUUUUGCUUAAGUUAUAAUUUCUUUUUAGAGCUGCUUAUACAGACAAGAAAAGUCUUCAUGUGAGGUGAUGCAUGAGCCUGGCAAAAAGAGUAACAUAAUGUCUAUCAUCUUGGGAAAGAAGAAGAGGCUUAAGAAGUGGGUUAGGGCAUAUAAUGAAAUGUUUACACACGUCACCUGUACUAGUUUCCAUAUUUACAUGAUUCAAAAAACAAAAAAGCAGCACUCAAUUGGGAUAGUUUGAGAAAUGUGAUUUCAAGUUUCUUAUGGUCAGGUUUUCAACUGAGUGGUUUAUUGAGAAAUUGCAGGGAGAGAGUUUUAUUUGUCAUUUAUUGUAAGCAGGUUGAAAAGAGAACAUAGAACUCACUGUAGAAUAGUGUAUACCAUAGCACUGAAACCUGAGUUCCCCAUUUCUCAGUUGUUGGCCUUUUUCUAAUUUUUGCUUAAAGUGGUUGUAUUGUUCUCUGAUUUCAUGUAUACCAGAGUAACUGAUUUUGUUUCAUUGUGGAAUUACUUUACACCUAAAUAAAGACUCCAGUAAAAUCCAA